AUGUAUCUCGAGGACGCAGGCGGCCACCCCGAAGAAGACCCAACCUACAGGCCUGCGCGACGCAAUUCUAAGCAAGACGACCUAAUCCCCCUCGAGCUCUCCGAAAAAUACCAAGCAAAGGGACCCUCGCGACAAGCAUCGCGCGAAUCCGUCGCAACCCUCGACGCCACGAUGGACGUGUACGUACAGAAGCAAGUCAUUCUGUCAGUGGAAGAAGAAUUGUUGAAGGCCGCGAGUGGCGGCGAGAAGGGUGCCGUCCGGCGAGACGAUGGACUGCUUAAGGUCGCGGACCAGCUCCAAGCGCCCCUAGUGGCCCCGAUAUCUCCGGGCAUCGAGCGAGUCCUGCCCAUCGAUGGCCGACCCAUCAAUUUUGGAGUGGUUGUCCCGGGAGUUUACCGGAGUAGUUACCCUAAGCCCGAGGACUUUGGCUUCAUCCGCAACCUCGGACUGAAGUCGAUUGUCACCCUGGUUCAGAAGGACGAUGUAGAUGAGCCUUACACAAAUUUCAUGUCCAGCAAUGGCAUCAGGCAUCAUGUCAUCAACAUGAAGGGCACAAAGAAGGAGGCUAUCCCCCUCCGCACAAUGAAGGCCAUCCUGAGAUUGGUGCUCAACCGCGAGAACCACCCGGUUCUCAUUCACUGCAACCAUGGCAAGCACCGCACUGGUUGUGUGGUUGGCGUGGUCCGCAAGGUGACCGGCUGGGAGCUGACCAACAUUGUGGAUGAGUACCGAACAUACGCCGAACCCAAGGUCAGAGAGAACGAUAUCAAGUACCUCACAGACUUUGACCUAUCAGAUCUCUCCAAUCUGUUCGUCCACGAGGCAAACAUGAGGUUUCGCAUACGCCAUUUCGCGCGGGUCACCCUCUUCAGCGUCUUUGUUGUCUUUGUCUGGCUGCUGUCUGGACAUAGAAUGACAAACACGGCCAGGCGUGUCAAAGACGUGAGGUGA